AUGGCGGUACUUAACGGCCUCGAGGGAAUCGAAGUCACCAUUUGCGUUGACGGCCAAGCUCUUCAUGAAUACAACGACGGUGAGGUUGAGGUUCAAGCAGGAGCGGUUGGUGCAUACCAGGCAUCCAAGACGGUUUCGAAAUACAUCGAAGCAGCUACGGGCAAGGAGUUCGCCUUCAAAGUGACAGUCAAAUCUCCGUACAAGAUGGAUUGUCCAACUCUUAGUUUCUAUUGCAAGGUCGAUGGCAUGGUAGUCGGCGGCAGGUUAUUACAGAAGACUGUGUACAAAUCCGCUUCUGGCUUCGAGAUGGUUGUAAAUGGCUUGGAGCACAAUCUUGGUGGCUUUUACAAGCGAUGUUUUAUCCAACACUUUCAGUUCGCUGAGAUAAAGACGAUCAAAGAUGAUGCAAUUCGUAUCAAUGGAAUUGGCGAAAUCUCCGUCUGGGUAUUUCGACAGUCGAAGGGCCGCAGGUCAGGCAGGUCAGGCCAGAUCAACAACUAUUCUUUUGAAUCCAGCUUGGAGGGCGAAAUUCAUGAGAAGGCUUUGAAGGGACAAUCAAAGUCUCACGGAACAUCUCUAGGAACAGCACAGCCAACUACGCCAGUUGAUUAUUGGAAAACUGACUUUCUUGAUGGCAAGGAUUAUCCCGUCGGUAUCUUUCGAUUCAAGUAUCGGUCAAGAGAAGCACUUAAGAGCUUGCUCAUCAUUGAGCGUUCUCCUGAGCCAGAACAAGAACAAGCUGGAGCAAACACGCCGGGCCCAACUCCUGCUGUCAAUGAUGAUGACCUAGACGCGGACAUGAGAAGAAAGGUCGAGGAGUUCAAGAAGAGUCUUUUGGAGGCAAAGGGCGCUUCGAAAUUGAAGGCUGAAGAUUCCAGCCAAACCCAGACCGCUCGGGCCAAGCGUGAGAAUACAGACGAAGGUCAAGGCAGAAAAGUCAACAAGAAGCCAAAGUACAAGACGACCAUCGAUCUCACGGAGGACGAUGAUGAAGAGAACGAUAAUUCGAUUGCCCUAGAUGACUAG